AUGUCAUAUUCAAGACAUUCAACUUCAAAGCAUCAAAUCCUUUCACCUUCAUUCUCAUCAAAUCAAGUAUUCCAAUCAUCAUCUUCAGAUCAAAAAAAUAAUGAACCUAAUGAUGAUGAGAUUGAACUAUACAAAGCUAUCAAAGCAAGUGAAGAUCAAUUCAAACUCGAAAAUCAAUUAAAAAUUAUAGAAUCAAAUGAAAUUGAAAAAGCAAUCAAGAUAUCAAAAAAUAAAGAUACCAGAGUACUACCGCCCAAUAACCAACCAGAAACGUCAAGAAGACCUUCAAGAUUACCACCAGGUGCAAGUUAUCCGAUUGAAAAAGAUUAUUUAAUUGAAGAUGAACUUUUAUCGAUUGCUAUUAAAUUAAGUUUACAAGAAAGAGAUCAUUGGGAUUCGGUUGAAGCUUUACGAAAGUUGGGACCUCCUCCUUUACCUUAUCGUCGUACUAAUACUGGUGCUGGUGAUCGUGAAGGUCGUAGAGUUCCUGAUGUACCAAAGGAAAACCGAAAAGUCUUACCAAUCACUAUUCCACCACCACUUCCACCUAGAAAAAACUUGGUAAAUUAUGAUGAUUUCGAAGAUCGGUACAAUCAUCAUCAUCAUCAUCAGGACUUAUCAGACGAGUUUAGUGAUCAUGUUUCAUUGGAUUCGGAUGAUGAAUCUAAUUCAUUUGAUGAUCUUUCGAUUCAUUCAUCACAUUAUAAUCCAUUAGAUAGUACUACGAAUUUGUUAAACCAAAGAAGCUUUGUAAAAGAAGAAAAGGAUGCCGAUCAACAUCAACUUGAGGAUUUAUCAUCUGAUGAAGAAAGAAAUCAGGAUUUUCUUCCAACCAGAAAAUCAUCACUUCAAGAUUCAUUUGUGACGGCUAUUGAUGAAAUCGAUCGGGAUUCGGUAUUAGAUCAUCAUUCGGUUCAUCAAGCUUCAUCUUUUGGAUCCCAAAGAGACAACGAGAGCCGAUUACCAAUUUAUCAAAAACCUAAAAUACCGAACAAAUUUAUCGACUCAUCUGAUACUGUUCAUCAACUUGAUGUUGUUGAUCAAGGAUUUAGAACACCCAAUACAUCAUUUGAUUCAUCUGAUACUAUUCAUCAAGUUCCAGUUGAUGAUCAAGAUGCUAGAACACCAACUGGAAUUUCUAAUUCGUCGCAUUCUAUCCAUCAACUCGAGGUUGAUGAUCCAGAAGGACCAUCGAUAAACCGAUUGUCAGCUCAACCUGAUCCUAUUCAACAACUUGGAAUCAAUACUGAAGAAGCCAGAACACCUAAACAAGAUUCGUCUGAUCCUCUUGAUGAAAUCCAUGAACUUGAGAAUAAUUUAAACGAAACUCAUGCAAACCAAGGUGAUGAACCAUCAGAAGAGAUUAUGAAUUCUAUUCAAUCUAUUGCCAAGAUCAAGUAUAUCAAACAAGAACCCGAAGGAACUGAUGGAGAGUUGACGACGAGAAAUGAAGAGAUCGAUGUAGAAAGUUGUCAUGAAAGUUUAAAAGUUUCGGAUAGUCAAAGUCUUUGGAUCGAAACUAAAACUUGUUCUGAUCUUUUAAAAUGGUUAAUGUGGUAA